AUGGAAGUGACAGACGCAAGCAAUACCUUCGCACACAACACGCUGCUGAAAGCCUAUGCUCAGAAGGAGCAGGCAGAAAAAGCAGAAAAGCUCUUCAAAACAAUGGCCAAGCCAGAUGCCACCACGUAUCUGCAGAUGAUCCGGGUGGCAGCAUCCGUCUCUGACCCACAAGGUGCAGCAGAUUGGCUCCGUCGCAUGUCCGAGGCGGGACUGCAGCCAUGGGUGCCCCAUUUCCACGCCGUCAUGACCGCACAUGCCAAGAUGGGCGAUAUGGAGGGCGCGGAAGCGUGGUUCAGAGUGAUGCUCGACGAGGGCAUGCGACCAGAGCUUGUGAGCUGCAACAUCCUGAUGUCUGCUGCCGCGAACAGUGGCGACACGGCGGGUGCGGAGGGCAUGCUACUCCGAAUGGAAGACCUCCAGCUCAGACCUGAUGUGGUAACGUACAGCACUCUCCUCAGCGCCUUUGCGAAGGCGGGAAAUGCCAUUGGUGCACGGGACUGGCUGCUGCAAGCUGAGGAGGCGGGCAUUGAGCCAGACCUCAACUGCUACAAGCAGAUCAUCAAGGCUUGCGUCCAGUCCGGCGAUGCCGCGAUGGCAGAGCGAAUGGCCCGGCGUUUGCUGCGAAACCGGCUGACCCCAGAUGUUUACACCUACAACAUGCUCCUCAACGCUCUCGCCAAAGCGGGGAACUGGGCCUCUGCAGAGUUCUGGGUGGACCACAUGCAGCGGGCUGCGAGGUGGAAGCACCACGAGUUCCCUUUGGACCAGAUUAGCGUCGCCUAUGCGGAGGUCUUUCUCGCACACGUGGAGGCUGGCGACUUAGAAGGCGCCGAGGCCUGGAUGAUGCAGAUGGUUGGCGAAGGCAUCGAGCCCCAGGCUCGAUGUUACACCGCGCUUGUGCAGAGAUAUCUCGAUCAAGGAGAUCUCGGCAGCGCCCCAGCCUCAGGAGUUGGUGCUUGCACAGGAUCAGCUGAAAGCCUGGACCCCGAAAACUUCAAGCACACAGAUUGCAUGUCGUUGCUCACCAAUUCCAUCCAAGACCCCGAGCCGUUUGGCAAGCUUGAGCUUAAUAUUCUGGUAGCCUUUUUUUGUCAGUUGGUGAUCGAACGAAUCAGCGCCUCUACAUUCCGUCCAUUGGCAUUCACCGAAGAAGCGAAAAACCCUGCAAACACCGUAUUGCUGAGCCAACAUCACCGAAGCGGCUAG